GGGAAAUACGACUAAAUCCCAUUCCCCGUGAUUGUGUAGCCGGAAAACUCAAAAUCUGUGGAUAAAUUCAUGAGAUAAGAACAAGGAUGGCAUCUAAGAUAAAUACUGGUUUCACUCUGAUUCCCAACCAGAAAUAUAGACGUAGCAAUCGUCGUUCCAGUGACUUCUCCAACACUCUUGAUUCAGAUGCUCAGCCCUUAUCAACACUUGGAAGUUUUAAAGCCUUGCCAUUGGAAGUAUUUCAAAUAAUUUUGAAAUAUUUGUCAGUGAAGGAUAUCAGCAUGUUAAGUAUGGUGUCCAAAACAGUGAGCCAGAACAUUAUUAAUUACAUCUCAACUUCAUCAGGAAGCAAAAGACUUUUGCUACAGGACUUUCAUACUCUUGAGCUACAUGGCAGGAGACAGAACUUUGGUAUCCUGGAGCACUACCGAUCUCUAGGUCUACUGUUUAAAAGAUGUACGUUGCUGUUACCUACCAAGGAAAGACUGAAGUACAUUCACAAGAUACUCACGGAAAUUCCCUGUUUUAAAUUCAAUGGCUGUGCAGCUCCUAUACAAUGUUUAGGAUUAUCGUGCUAUGGCAUGUUUUUACAGGCCUUGACAGCAGGUUGGGAUGACCUCGAAUGCCAUCGUGUGUAUAACUUCUUGUGUGAGCUGACUAAUCUGUCUCGCAAGAUGCAGGCUGUUGUUUGCAGCAAACCAGGAAGUUCCCGAAAACUGGAGUUAAGGAUCCGACUGUUCUGUAGGAACGUUCUGCUUGAUCACUGGUCACAGCGAAGUGAUUCGGCUUUUUGGUUGACACGAAUAUUAAAACCAUGGCCAAUGGUGAAUCAGGCAAGAUUGCUGUAUAUCAUCUUUGGGCCAAUAUCUCCUCAAGAUGGACAGGUGUUUUGGCAGAAAAUGAUAGAAGGACCUACAGAUGAGUCCAGUCUUAAAGGUCUGGCAGAGGCUAUUAAAUUACUGUAUGACACAGGUACCAAAGAGUGGACAGCAGAUGAUGUUAUCAGUCUUGUAGAUGAACUAUCAGUGGUUCCCCGUGAGUGGCUUCUAGAGAAUAAUGCACGACUUCUAAUCCUGAGUGGGAACAGCAUCUGCUUCACUUUCAUGGCUAGUAAAGCUGUCAAUGGACGGGCCACUGAACUGGCAAGGCUCGUAGUCUUUUUGGCUUUGGUGUGUGAGAAAGAACUCUACUGCAUGGAUUGGGCAGUGAAAAUGAUGCAAAAAGUCUGUAAAGUCUUUAACACUCCAAUGGAAAGAAAUAACUUCCUGCAGAGUGUGGCCAGUGCGUUUGCAUGUGUUAUAAUGGAAAUGCUACAAUCAAUUAUGUCUGGAGACCGUGAUGAAGACGACAGAAGCUUUUUGAAUUUGUUCCAUCUUGUGCAUGCUCAGGCUAACUUCCAUAAGGAGGUCCUGUAUUUGACCAUGGGUUCUGUGUCUUCCUAAAUACUCGGACAGCUUUUCCUUUAGAGGACAUCUCACUGAACUUAGAAGAUUGCUACUUUUUCACAUCUGAAGAAUAGCAGCCAUGGGACUUAUCAUCGUCUAAAUAACCUAGGAAAAUAGCAUAGAAUUUUAGAAGUAACUACUUAUUCUUAUUGUAUUAUAAAAAAUAAUAAACAAACCCAAGAAUGUAUUGAGAUUUCUCUAAACAAGCGUGGCCUCUGUAGGUUUCAGCAAACCCAACACCAAACCAAAAUGGAAUUUUAACUGUCCCAGAUUCUGGAUCCAGCCCAAGCUGUGUGUCUUGGAAGGUAUGGGAAGCAAAAGAAAAUUCUGUUUUGUAG